AUGCGAAGAACAGCCGAUCACUAUCCUGCCGACAUCCUCUUUGCAACAUCAAGGUGCUCCUUAACUGAUCUCGAGUAUGCCGACGAUGUUGUUAUUUUCGCGAAAAGCACUACGAAACCUCAACAUGAUGUCAACCUUGUAUCGAAGUUGGCUGCAGCCUAUGGAUACGUCUACGCUCUGACCUCGAACGAGAAUCAGGGUGGACGGACAACCGAUCGGACUCGUCGAAGAGUUCUGCAACCUGGGCUGAAGAACAACGGCAACUACGAAAGAGAUGUUCAGCAAAGAUGCGCUAAGCCCACUUUUGCAUUUAACUCCUUAACGAAAUGCGUGUGGUCGACCCCCAUCACCAACGAAGUCAAGCUGCCAAUGUACCUAUCCGCAAAUUCGCUCUAUCAUGAUGUAAGGAUAGGAGACUUGGGCAGCACCGUCUACGGCGAUGGAGAGGCUUGA